GCAAAUUCCUGAACACGUCAAGCUGUCAGUGUCUUAUAAAGACCCAGAGAGCUCAGUGGAGCAGAAACAGCUUCUACCAGAGUAAAAGGUCAACAAUGAAGAUGCUACAAGCAACUGCAAUGAUACGCCUCUUCCUCAUCCUCAUCCUCACUGUGCACAUGACUGUGGCAGUAAGAAGUGGAAUUGCCCCAGAGCACAACAGGGCACAGCACCAAGCACCACCUCUUGGAAGCGCUGUGAUCCACAGCGAUAUAUGUAUAAUCGAAAUGGAUGAAUAUCCAAACUCCAUUGAUGAUAAAUUUAAAAAAUGCCACAAACAAAUGUAUAAGAAGAUCACUGAUAAAAAUCCACAGCAGAAUUUACUGGAGAUUGAAUUGAGUCGCAAUGCAAACUUCAGUGCAGCUUGGAAUAAUGCCAAACAUGAACUUAAUUUAGGAAACAAUGACAACUAUAAAUUAUCAAACAACAAGUUGAGAGAAAUAGCCCUCCGUGCUUACACCAGAGACGAAAUUUAUCGGCAACUUAACUGUAAAAUGCGUACUGGUAAAGACAACUACACGACCGAUUUUGGGCUGAUCUCUUUACACUUUCUGAUAACAGAUGCCAUACGAAACCUUAGUAAGAGAAAAUGUAUAACCACUUACCGUACUGUGAGGGAUACACUUUCCAUAACAAGCCGCUUUGUGCGAUUUGGUAGUUUUGGUUCUUCUUCACGUAAUCCCUCCCUGCGAUUUGGAAACAAGACAUGUUUUAUCAUCUGCACAUGCAAAGGUGCAGAUAUAUCAAAAUUUUCAAAAUUUGAAUAUGAGGCUGAAGUGCUGAUACCCCCUUAUGAAAAGUUUGAACCAGAACGUGUAUUAGAUAUUCAAAAGGAAUGUAGAAAUCCUAUUCUAAAGGAUUUUUGUAAAUGUGAACAUGUUUACAAGUUGCGCAGUGCAGGUUCAAUGAGCAACAUGAAAUGUGAACUGGUUGGUGAGAUGAAAAGUUCUGUUUUUGAAAAACUAAAAAAGUUGUUUGGUCGAACAACUUAAGCGCUGGUUGCCUGAUGAUUUAUGUUAUGAAACAAUCACUGGGUAGAAAUAUGUGAGCAAUGUAUGCACAAAGCUCUGCAGACCACUUAACAUACAAUAAUACAAUUGUAUCAUUCUUGUUGUGAGCCUUUCUUGACUGACUGAAGCUCUGAAAAAUAAAGAAUUG